AUGUCAGAUCCAGCAUGCCGCUCCAUUUUCUAUGGCCGCGUCAUGCUCGCACCAAUGGUGCGUAUCUGCAACCUUGGCUUUCGCAUCUUAUGUGAAGAACAUGGUGCGGAUAUUGUGUUCUCUGAAGAAGUUGUUGCCGCGAAGCUUUGUCAGUGCCGCAGGGAAGUCCGGUCGUACCCUAGUUUGGAAGAAACGGAUAUCGCGGAGUACGUUGUUUAUGAUCGUUACAAAAAAACGUUCAAGCGAUCUGUCGUGUUUUCCACACUGGCGCGAAGAAGGGAUCCUUUAAAGAGGGGUAGCGGGAGUCGAAUAUCGGCACCGGUAGUGCUACAACUUGGCGCCUCAGACGGCGGGGUAGCUGCCAAGGCGGUAGCUCUCUGCCAUGAGGACAUUGAUGCCGUAGACGUCAACAUGGGUUGCCCAAAGAAGUUUAGCACAGUUAAUGGAUUCGGCGCCGCAUUAAUGGAUAAAACCGCAGUUGCAGGGAACAUUCUGUCUCAGAUACACGCGAUCGUGAAGGACGUAAAGGCAGGAGGCGAGGACUCGUGUCGAUCGGGAAAUGGCUUCCACUUUCCAAUUAGUUUUAAAACUCGGUUAAAGGGUAUGGAACCCUACACGACAGUUAUAAUGCUAAAAGAAAUAUUAAUGGCAUCGGGCCAUACACCUAAACACCCAGUAGUGCAUGCGAUCACCAUCCAUGCACGGUUGCGCGAACAGCGCUCUGAAGUGCCUCCUUUGUACGAUGUGGCUGCGCAGGUUGUCUCGCAGUGCCAUAGUGAUCCUUAUUUUGGUGGUAUUUGCUUCGUUUUAAACGGAUCGAUUCAGUCGCGCGCGGACGGAAUUGAGAAAAUUAGUCGCUAUGGGUUUGAUGCGUGCAUGAUCGCCCGUGCUGCUUUAGUAGACAUGACUUGCUUUUCGCCUUCUUACCCGCAUCUAGUAGGGACGGGUCAUACUGAUCGAGAAUGCCAGUCGACAGAAGUUAAUCAUAUGAAAAUUAUGAAGGAAAUGCUGCUCUUCGCAAUUCGCUAUCGGACUCCAUUUAAAAACUUUAAGUAUCAUCUUACAAGGGUCUUUCCGGAGGUCGAGGUCUUAAAGUCAAAGAUGCCAACUGUUCAGGAAGGACUACGAUCUUACCGCGACUGUUGUGACUUUUUCCAGCUCACACCGGAGGAGUUGGAACUGGUGAAGAUGUGCGAAAACGAAGUUGAGCUUGUCGACUCUCCACCUGAAGCAUCUUCAACACCACUGCCUCUUUCCGAUGGAACAUUUAAGGGCAAACAAGAGUACUCACAACAAGAAGUAGAUUUAGAGGAUCGCGCAAAUCAAGUUAGACGCCUCUGCUAG